AUGCCGACCGGCGAGACGCUAGCGGAAGCGACUCCAUCACCAGAGCCGCCGCCGACGCUGACACGGACGGCGACAGCCUCGUCCUCCCCAGCGUCGACCCACCGACACCGACACCGACACCGACGCCACCGCACCUUCUCAUCCUCGUCCUCCUCGUCGUCCCUCUCCACGGUGUCCUCGGCGGCAUCCUCGCCGUCGCCGUCCCCGCGCGGCCGCGGCAGCACCACCAGCACCACCUCCGUGCCCUUCUCCUGGGAGCACCACCCGGGCAUCCCCAAGACGCGCCUUACCCCAGCCAGCACGCCCUCCUCCUCCUCCGCGCCGACGCCACUCCCGCUCCCGCCGCCGCUGCGGGCGCCGACGACGACGUCAAGGCCGCGCCACCACCAUCACGCCCGGCGGCGGCGCGCCAGCGGCAAGCCGCGGCCGCCGGCCGACGACUCGGCGGACCCCUUCGCCGUGGCGCUCGCGGAGUGCACCAGGGAGCGCGGCGGCGGCACGGGACCGGACGACGCCGGGCUCAUGGACGCGCUCUUCCCCGCGCGGGCGCCGCCAGCGCCCACCACCCGGCGGUGGUCGUCCAUCGCGUCCACCAGCGUGGUCGUCGGGCUCCUGGACCUGUACGGCUGCAAGAGCGCCAUGGGCAUGGGCGGCGUCGCGGAGGGCGCCUUCGUCGUGCGCCGCCCGGUGGCGGUGGUCCGCGCCGUGCCAGCUGGCCGCGCGGGACCGGGCCGGGCCGGGCGCAGAUGA